AUGGCACCACCACCUACGCACACAAAUUUGGUACGUGAAUUAUUGCGAGCGAGUGCACCUUCAUUUGUCUCUAGAGCCAUCUCAGUGGUUGAGCAGUUUCGUAGGUACAAGCCUCUGACUUUCAAUGGUGGUUCCGACCCACUAACUGUUGAAGAGUGGAUUAGAGGUUUGGAGCGCAUCUUUCAACACAUUGCUUGUACGGAUGCACAAAAGAUACCAUGCGCAGAAUUCAUGUUUGUUGAAGCAGUUAGUCACUGGUGGGAAUCUGUCUCAUGCACUGGGACGGAAGAACAGCAGCGUGACCUAACUUGGGAGCAGUUUAAAGAUGAAGUGAUGGCAAAGUACUUCCCACAAGCCCUGAGAGAUUUCAAAGAAUCAGAGUUCCUACAGCUUAGAAAGGGAAAAUUCUCACUUAUUGAUUAUGAGAGGCAGAUUGAACAACUCUCAAGGUAUGCCCCGUACUUAGUGGAUACGGAAGUUAAAAAGAUCAGAAGGUUUGAAAAUGGACUACAACCAGAGAUCGGUAUAAUCAUUAUGUCUCACCGUUUCACUUCAUACCGAGAAAUGUUGGAGAGGGCUCAUACUAUUUCAUAUCAAAGGACUACAUUUGAAUAG